AAUCUUAUAAAAGAGAUCGGAAAACUGACACGGUACUGAGAGGUAUUUAAUAAUCCUAUUAAAGCGUUUCCCUUCUGAAAAGGGAAAUUGCGCAGGGUUCUAGACAUUAGUACCUCUCAACUCCGAGUAUGCAAAAUAUACAUAACUUGCUGUUCAAGGCUGUUCCACCAGAGAGCGCCCAUGACGCAGAGUCUGCCCUUCAAUCCUGGCUCUGCUCAGCACACCCUCAAGGGCUCUGCGAGGAAACUGUUGCUCAGCAAGUUGACAGCACGGUAAUUUAUUACACAAAAAUAAAACAAAGAAACGCAUGGAAUACUUGGUGAAUAACUCUGGUCAUGUGUUUAAUAUAAUUCAUAUUCUGUUUAACUUCCUGGACCAUGGCUAUUUGAGAGAGAGAGAGAGAUAUUAUGCCUGCUCGGAGCCAAGCAGGAGACAUCAAGUUCAAAGCUGGUCCAACGUCAACGCUUUAAGAAAAAAAAAACAUCUGCUACAAUUAUAUUCAGAAUUAAUAUACAGGAAAUACAAAUGGAUCCCGUGUUUGUCCCAUUUCUAUGAAUGCAUUCAAUCCGCACGAAUAAUCGCGAGAAGUGUUCUAAAUGUACACUUACGAUUGUGACGAAAUUAGAAACACGUGGCAUCUAUUAAAACACGUGUUCGACCUACAACUUUAUUUACAGAGUGUCCUCCACGGCAAACUAUGACUUUUGAUCUCUAGCCAGAGGAGAGGUUCCCUGUGUCUUGUUUUGAUGUGCCUAGGUUUAGUUUCAGAAUGUCAUUGUUUCCUCUGUGUGUGUGUGCCAGCGUUAUCAAUUUCCCAUGUGAGAGAGCAUGACUCAGGAGGGAGAGGGCCCGUGGAAUCCGGCAACAAAGAAACGUCAUCCCAAGACUUCGGCUGAGCCGCCGAGUAAAGACAGCCAAUGAGCGCAAAGCUAUCAAGUCGAGCCUUCACUCGGCGAGCCAAUAGGAGCGUUAGAAUAGAUUGCGAGCCCCCGGGUUGAGUCUUGAGACCUGGCUGGAGAGAUUCUGCCGGCAUGGAUCGAGAGGCACCGAGCGAAGCGUGUGGGAAGGUGACCGCAGCUGCACUAAAUCAACGCUUGGACUAACUUUGAUGAGCGCCUGCUUGAAGGAAUUAAAGGACGUACAGAUCGCAGCCAAGGCUCCGAAAGCUACUCCAGGACAUGUGGCGUGUGUGCUGAUGAGCUCAGCUGGAUUACUGGGAUUAUUAACCUUUUUAUCAUCAGCCCUUUUAACCUCCAGACAGCACUCGCAAGCUCGCAAACGCUGUGGACAAAACCAAAUGGUCUCUGUAAGCCACGAGCAAGUGUUCCCCGUCAACUCGGAUGCGCUGACCGCAUCGGCGGCAGCUGCAUGUGAGAACACCGCGCUGCCUUUCCGAGCCGUGGCGCCCUCUGUCUGUGGGGAGGAGGAGGGUUACGAGAGCAGCGACUCCACCAGCUCGGCGUCCUGCUCAAGCCCUGGGUCCCGGGACACUGGCAGCCUGAGCUGCAGCCCGCUGCAGGACAGCGACGUGCUGGGGCUCCUCCUCUCCUCUGUGCUGGACCAAGAUGGGAGCCCCCAGCAGCAGGGCCAGCAGUUCAGACUGCCAGACUUUUACUCCAGCCUCUCCAGUGACUUUUCUCCCACCCUGGAGGAGAUCGAGGAGUUCUUGAAGGAGAAGAUGGAGCCCGUCAAGCAGGGGCCCUCGGAGCUGGAGGUGAAGCAGGAACCUGGUUCACCAGUGGAAACUUCACCCGCCAACCCGGAAGAAGGGGCGACACUGGCAUCGCCCUGCGAUGCCCCAGGCACUACCACAACUGUCCCAGCCUCCCCAGCCAUUGUGGUCUCCUCAGCCCCAAUGGAAAGCAUGUCCCUGUUGUUCCAACUUCAGCCUUUACAGCUUGCCACCCCUACUGGGCACCAGGCUUUACGAACUAGCCAGGGUAGCCUCCAAGUUGCCCAUUUGGUGAUCAGCAUCCAGAGUGCCCCGACAGUGACUCUGUUGCCUCAGAUGGUGGCUGUGUCACCCACUCAGGCAGCUGCCGGCAGUGGCACCACAGACCAAAAGUACGUGAAGAUCGCCCCCUUGCCCAUCGCGGUGAGAGCAGUGGGCACAGGUGCCAGCCUCUUCAAAGCCGCACCCCUCAGGACUAGCAAAGCUUCCCCGGAGAGGAUGCGCGUCCACAAGUGCCCGCAUCCCGGCUGUGAGAAGAUGUACACAAAGAGCAGCCACCUCAAGGCACACUUCCGACGGCACACGGGAGAGAAACCGUACACCUGCAGCUGGCAAGGCUGCGGCUGGAGGUUUUCACGCUCAGACGAGCUGUCCCGUCACCGGCGCUCCCACUCCGGGAUCAAGCCCUACCAGUGUGACCUGUGUGAGAAGAAGUUUGCCCGGAGCGAUCACUUAUCGAAACACACCAAGGUGCACCGCAGCCACAGGACCGGCCGACUGUGCAGAGCCACCAGCUAGCCCGCACACUCCGGAGACUAGGAGGGUUAACAACGGGAGCACUUGCAUGCUCAGCUCUUCUGCGCUUACUCUUACCCAGAUACAGGACAGCCGCGUUUUACCGCUCUUGUGUUAAGAAUAAAAUCGAUCCCCAUUAUAUAUAUAUAUAUAUAUAUAUAUAUAUAUAUAUAUAUAUAUAUAUAUAUAUA